CUGGCAAGAUAACUGACGUAAUGCAGCCUACAAAUUCCUGUACGGAGAGCGGAAGGGCUCAGCUGCAGCACCUGGAAGCAGGAGAAAACUGAAGCUACAAUGGAGGUCGGUCCCGAAAAGUCAAGGAUACCGUCGGAUGGUAGAGAAUAUGCUCUGCAACAGCGGGAAAUCAAAGUGAUCGCCGAGAGGACUGCGGAUGCAGAGGCUCAGAGACCCACAUGGAGUGGGCGGCUGGAGUUCAUCCUGGCCACGGUGGGGUACGCGGUGGGACUGGGCAAUGUCUGGAGGUUUCCGUAUCUGUGCUACAGUAGCGGUGGAGGAGCCUUCAUGAUCCCUUAUCUCACCAUGGUGCUCCUGUGUGGUAUUCCUCUGCUCUUCAUGGAGUUUGCCAUCGGGCAGUACACUCGUUUAGGGCCAGUGCAUGCUCUCGCCAAAAUUUGUCCUUUGUUUAAAGGUGUUGGUCUGGCCACAGUUGUUAUCUCCUCUGUGUUCUCCACGUACUACAAUGUGCUCAUGAGCUGGGCACUUUACUAUUUGUUCAACUCGUUCGGAGCAGUGCUUCCGUGGAAGUCCUGCAACAACACUUGGAAUAACAUCGGAAACUGUUCCAGUGGUUUCCCCGGCAACAACACCCACCUGCAGUCUGCCAGUCAACAGUUCUUUGAUCACAGGCUUCUGCAGAAAACUAGUGGCAUUGAAGAAGUUGGUGGCCUUCACUGGGAACUCUUUGGCUAUCUCUUUAUUGCCUGGGUCAUUGUAUAUUUAUGUAUAUUUAAAGGAGUCAAAUCAACUGGCAAGGUUGUGUAUUUCACCGCUGUAUUUCCAUACUUCAUCCUGUUGGCCCUGCUCAUCAAUAAUGUGCAGCUUCCUGGAGCCAAAAAUGGUAUCCUCUUCUUUGUGACACCUGUCUGGAGCAAACUUUUUGAAGUGAAGGUUUGGGUUAAUGCAGCUGCCCAGGUGUUUAACUCCAUUGGAAUAGCAUUUGGCUCCAUGAUUUCGAUGGCUAGUUACAACAAGUUCAAUAACAAUAUUCUCAGGGAUGCCCUGAUUGUGUCAUGUACCAACACAUUCACUAGUAUCCUGGCUGGCUUUGUAAUCUUCUCAGCAAUUGGCUACAUGGCUCAUAUACAUAACCUCCCAGUGGACAACAUAGCUACAGAUGGUCCCGGUUUGGUGUUUGUUGUGUAUCCUGAAGUCCUCUCCACCAUGCCAGUCUUUCAGCUGUGGGCCCCUCUAUUCUUCUUUAUGCUGCUGUGCCUGGGCCUGGACAGCCAGUUUGCAACAGUUGAGGUGGCUGUGACGUUCAUAAAAGAUGAGUUUGGUCCCCAAGUUCUGCGUUUCCUAAAAAGAGAAGAACUGCUAACCCUGGUUGUGUGCAUCACCUGCUUUGUCUUGGGGAUUCCUGACAUUACUAAGGGAGGUAUCUAUGUGUUUCAGCUGAUGGAUCACUAUACUGCUGUGGUUUCCCUUGUGUUCUUGGCUUUCUUUGAAGUCGUAGCUGUCUGUUGGAUCUUUGGUGUCGAACGAAUCUCCUUAAUGGUCACAAGGAUGCAAGGAAAAGCUCCCAACAUCUACUUCCGUCUCUGUUGGCUGCUGCUCAGUCCUAUGUUGGUGCUGUGCAUACUGACGUCCAGCAUUGUCCAGUACACUCCUGCUCGCUAUGGGAAGUACACUUAUCCCAUGUGGGCUGAAUGGGUGGGCUGGGGCAUUUCACUGUUCUCUAUAGUGUGGAUCCCACUUGGUGCUAUUCAAGAGCUCUACAGCAACAAAGGUUCACUUCUUCAGAGACUUAAAACAGCUAUGACUCCUACAAUAGACCUGGAUGCUGAGGAUCCCUGGCAGGAAAAACAGAACCUAGACAACCCGGCAUCUGAAACUUUGAUUACUUCAGUGGCAUGACCGGAGAUUAAGCCGAAACAACAUCUGUGCAUCUGUACAUAUCAAACCCAGUGAUACAGUUUGAUUUUUAAUGAAAGUUGCUGUUUAGUGAUGUAUUUGCUUUGAGAUACAGAGUCUUUAGGUUAUGGUUAUAAAAUUAUAUUUUUUUCCAAUUUGUUCUACCAAAGAACGGAGUCUUUAAUGUGUCUUAAGCCCACUGUAGUACUUUAAUACUCAAGCCACUUGUUCUUUGCAGUUUACUUCAACAGCAUGAAAAUAUCCCUUGCACCUUGAACAAAGUGUAUAUUGAAAAUCUGAGAUUUUGUCCAUCAACUAAAGGUUAAUUUAAUAUAAUUUAACUUGGGUAUCAUGAUCAUGUUCACCCACUAGACUAUGCAGGUUUUUCUUCCAACCAAAGAUUGAAAUUUAAAUGAUGAAGUCUAGGUGUAUACAGUGAUGCUUUCUCUUGCAAAUUGUGUUACAUGUCAGUGAGUUUGUGUAGUGUAAGAGUAUAUUUUGCUUCUAUGGCAAUCAGAGGCUUAUUAACUUUUAGCUUCAUACAUCUAUGGUUUAAAUCCUUUAAAUGCCACAUUUUGUGAUCAAACUCUUUGUGGCCCUCAAACCCAUAUUACAUUGUUCUGUUCUGUUGUUUAAUGUAGCAUUCAGGCAGUCCUCUACUUGUAAUGUUGAGAAACAUGAAAUUACCUUAUCACAUUUCCUAUGUGUUGUAGUGAUCAUCACCUGGAGUAGACCAAUAAAAACCACUGCAGUAUGUAAACGAUAAGGGCUAGACAUAACCUCUCCACUGCUUGUUACUUAUAGCAGCCUGGACGUGUUGUAAAUCCCAAGACAUAACAGAAAAAUAAAGGUUAAAAUUUACCAUAUUAUUUAUUUGCGAUUACACUUUAACACUGCUAGUUUACCCUCUUGUGUUGAGCUGAAGCCAAUCUAAACUCAGGCAUUAUGAAGUUUGUUUUAGUUUGUCGCUGGUAUAUACAUAUCAUUUGCCUUUUGAGGGAGAUGCUUGGCUUCAAACCUGGAAAUGUUUGACUUUACGAGUUGCGUGAACUGCCUGAAUGCGUCAUUAGUUUUGAUCUCUGAGAGUCUGACCGUCUAAUUUUCGGUAGGAAGAGCAGAUUCAGGAAAUGUUUAGCCACUGAACUGGGACACAGUUUGUGUCUGAGUCUGAGUAGAAGGGAGCUGCAAACAAUGACACUUUAGUGUUUGUGUUCAGAAAUAUUUUAGCCUGUCAUGAACACCAUUCACUUAAAGUGAAAACACUGGAACGCACAAAAGCAGAGGUGUUCAAAAAUAAAGACAAAUAUGCAUUUUUUUGUUCAAAUUACAGACAUAUUUUUUCAGUACAAUUUGUUCCAAAACUUCAGAAAGAAUCAUUUGACCAUCACUUGUGUUCACUUCCCUUGAGUUAUUGAGUGAUGUGAUCAGGGCAGCACGUUAAUGUUAUACCCAUGUGCACUGAGCGCAAACAUGAAUGUGUGAAUCAGUGCUUGGAUUUUUGUCUGCUCACUGCAGUUGAGGAAUGACCUCAUGUUGUCCUUCAGUAAUGCAUUUGACAUUAUUUUUCAACUAUCUUGGAGCAGGUAACUCGCAAGAGUUUUAGAGAUUAUAAGUAGUGCCUUUAAUCUACUGCCAUAAAGCUGAAUUUGGCUAAUGAGGGUAGAUAAUCUUCAAGAGAACAACAUUUAUCUGGUAAUCUGGUUAACUCGCCAUUCAGCUCUGCUUUAUAUUCCAUUGACCCAAAACCUCUAGUUAAUCACUGACUGUUUUAUCUCACACUUAGAGAAAGAAAACAAAAAGUUCACUUUGGUAGAAUUCAUUGUAACUGAAGCUUUAACUUUGAAAUUGUACAGUAGUGUUAAGUAAUGCUUUUUUUAAAGAUUGACCUCAUGUCUCUGAGGACGAAUUCUGUCCAGCACUCGGAGAAAAGGGUUCAGUCAGUGUUGAAACUAGAGGCUUUGGGGUAAUAUAUUUUGUAGAUGAACUACCUCACCUGGCAAUGACCAGAGGAGAUAGAGUAUGUGUAAAUAGCAAGGUCACACUUUGAUGCGAGACUGUCUAAAAAGUUGUGCCCGAUCGCACAGUAUGUUCAUGGCCUCUUCUGUCAAAACAUGAAAAUAUUGUUUUAAAUUCAUGUAAGGAACAAUUCAAGUUACUAAAUGACCUACUUAGAGGUAAACAUGCUGUCACUCCAGUUUUUGCAUUUGUUUCAUAUUUGUUCAAGAAACUAACCUGUAGGUUGAGAAAAUAAUUUUUGAAGAUUACACAAGAAAAGCAUCUGUCUCAUAGUAAUUAAUGUUACCUGCCUCAAGUGCCUUUCAUUAUUUUUUUUUAAAGUUCAUAUAAUAUGUAUUUAAUCAGACAACCAAAACUUUUAUUUAAAAAGUUGCAUACUGUAUAUGUUGUGGUUUUAAACUGCAUUAUUCUACUUUGUCAUUAAGUGUAUUAGCUGUUUUUGAAUGUACAGGGAUGAUCUAGAAGCACUUUUAUGACAUAAUAGGUCAUUGUUAAUGCUUUUUACUAAUUGAAAAUUUAAGAUGAACUAAAUACAAAUUGUAAUGGGCUAUUGAUGCAAUUUUGAGUGAUAAGUCCACAGUGAUAAUCUUGUUUGGAAAUGUAAAAGUCCUGGUUAUUACCAAAAAAAAGAGUUGGGCAACCAUGUGCCAUGAUGUGCUUUUACUUGCAGUUUGCAUGAACAUCCUGUCUGUUUUAAUUUGAGAGAGCAUGCAUGUGUUUGUGUGUGAAGAAGAUUAAGUAAAGGAAGCAGAGAUCAAGGUUGAUUACAUACUGCCACUGGUCAUGGGUGUGGUGCUGGUAGUAAUAUGAAGUGCCACAUCCACAAGGGGGAGUUUUACCUCAUCACUAACCACUCCACUUUAUUGUGAUGAUGCGACUGCAGCCUUUGGUUCUUCAUCUGAGGAAGCCACGGCAGCUGCGAUAGACUUUCUCCGAGCCCACUGAGGUCAAGAAUAAGCUUGUUCAGACGACCCCAACUAUGUCUAAAGAAUUAAUUAAAAGAAAACCAAACCAUUUCUGUGACAGAUGGCAAUCACUAAGUCUAGUUGUUCUAGUGAAAACAGAUUAAACAUUAAUGGAAAAAAGCUAUCAAUGUUAUUAAGACCAAAAUGUAUUCUAAAUUGGCCCAAUAUUAAAAGAGGUUUAAAAGAAGACACUGAGUUUGCUUGCCUAAUUUCCAGUUGAAGGCUACUCCAGAGUUGUGGAGCUCUUAUGUCAAAUACCCUGCUACCCUCUGUCUCAAACCUCACCCUGGGGACAGACAGCAGUAGCAGGUCAGCAGAUCUGAGACUACGAGCAGGGAUGUAAAAGGGCAGACGGUCAACAGUGUAGGAUGGGGCAAGGCCGACCAGUGACUUACAGACAAGCAGUAGAAUUUUAAAAUCAGUUCUGAACACUACUGAUAACCAACACUAGGAGGCGAGAAUGGGGAUAAUGUGCUCACAUUUUCUGGUCCUUGUAAGAACCGCAGCUGCUGUGUUUUUUUACAACCUGGAGAC